AAUUUGUUUUAUUAGAUAAAAGCUUAUAGAUAGAAUGGAUGGAGUAAAAACUGCAUUGAAAGAAGACAAAGUUACAAGUAAAGAAGAAAAAUCUACUGUAGAAGAUAUGGUUACUGUUUACAUAACAGAACAAGAUAUCAAGAUGGAAAACACAGAACUCAAAGAGGAAAUGAUAUUUGAAGAUCCACUACAAUCUAGAACUAAGAAGAGAAAAAAUGAAGGAAUAAGUUACCUAUGUACUCAGUGUGAAUACUCCGCAAAAACUGCAGCUGGUCUUAAGAAACACAUAAAGGUUAUUCAUGAGGCAGUCAGGUUUCCAUGUACUCAGUGUGAAUACACUGCAACACAAGUAGGGAAUCUAAAGCGUCACAUUAAGAAAAAACAUGAGGAACAAGAGAGAGUUAGAUAUCCAUGCUAUCAAUGUGAAUACUCUACAAAAACUAAAGGAAGUCUAAAGUCACACAUAUUGUUUAAGCAUGAAGUAAGGUAUCCAUGUAAUCAGUGUGAAUACACUACAAAAACUGCAGGAAGUCUAAAGUCACACAUGAUGUUUAAGCAUGAAGUAAGGUAUCCAUGUAAUCAGUGUGAAUACACUACAAAAACUGCAGGAAGUCUAAAGUCACACAUGAUGUUUAAGCACAAAGAGCAGAAUGGAUACACAGGAACCACAGCGAACCUUCUCAGAAGAAAUAUUAGCAAAGAGGGAUAUCAAUGUGAUCUAUGUGAAUAUGCUGCAACAACAGCUGGAAAUCUAACAAUACACAUUCAUCAACACUUCAAAUAAAUCUUGGCAUGGCAUGAAGGUGUUAGGCAUCCAUGCAGGGCGGAGAAUCAUUCCUGGAGAUCUGGAGGUCAAAGUUUAAAAUUGGUCAUGAGAAAGUUGGGCUUUUAAUCUCUUUUCACACUUACUAGCGAAAUAUUUGUUUAUUUUACCCUAAAAUUCAAUUAUUUUUUCUUAUUCAGCCAAUUAAACCCUAAGAAAAAACACCUAACUUCUAAUUCUGGGGGGAAAAAAUAUUCGGCUAAAAAGAUGGGGUGGGACGAUUUUUCAGAGAAAUAUACACACCUCCAAUUCAUCCAUGUAAUCUAUGCAGAUACACUGCAACAAGACUAUAUCAUCUAAAGUUGCACAUCAAAUAUAAUCUUAGAUUAGUUCAGAUCAACUCAUUACCUACUCAAGUCUCAUCAAAAUACAAUAUUUUCAUUUAUAUUUAUGUAAAAAUUUAAAUGUAUUAAUGGAUAAUUUAAAUUAUUUGAUCUCUUAAAAAUUAUAAGUCAUUGUCAUGUAAUCAUUUUCUAUUUGUCAAUUAUUCAAAAGCAGAAAAGUGUUAUUUUG